CUGUGUUUUUAUGUUAUGGAAACGGCUUCUUUCCUUAAAUCUCAUGAACCAACCUCUGCUAGCUUCAAACUUUUCUUCUGCAGCUUCCUCACCUCUUUCGGCUUUCAUAGAGUUGAAGAGAGUUAGGGCCUUGCUCUGGAUUAGGCUUUGGCUUAAAAGAAUGUUGCGGCUGGUCUGAUCUUCUAUCCAGACCACUAAAACUUUCUCCAUAUCAGCAAUAAGGCUGUUUCGCUUUCUUAUCAUUCGUGUGUUCAUUGGAGUAGCACUUUCAAUUUCUUUCAAGAACUUUUCCUUUGCAUUUACAACUUGGCUAACUGUCUGCCGCAGAAGGCCUAGCCUUCGGCCUAUCUCAGCUUUUGACAUACCCUCCUCACUGAGUUUAAUCAUUUCUAGUUUUUGAUUUAAAGUGAGAGAUGUACGACUCUUCCUUUCACUUGAGCACUUAGAGGCCAUUGCUGAGUUAUUAAUUCGCCUAAUCUCAAUAUUGUUGUGUCUCAGGGAAUAGGGAGGCCCAAGAAGAGGGAGAUGGAGAACAGUCUGUGGGUGAAGCAGUCAGAACACACACAUUAUGUUCGCUGUCUUACAAAAGAUGCAGUAUGUGGCACCCCAAAACAAUGUCAAUAGCAACAUCAAAGAUCACUGAUCACAGAUCACCAUAACAGACAUAGAAAUCAUGAAAAAGUUUGAAAUAUUUUGAAAAUGACCAAAAUGUAACACAGAGACACAAAGUGAGCACAUGCUGUUGGAAAAUUGGCGCUGAUACAAUUGCUGGGCUCAGGGCUGCCACAAACCCUCAAUUCGUUUUCAGAAAGCCCUAUGUGCCAAGCGCAAUAAAACCAGGGAUGCCAUACUAGAGUGGCGUCGCCGCCAAAGGAAAGCCUCGGGGAGGUUAAGAGAGAUGCCAGAGGGUGCGUCCCGCACUGGAGGAAGAGGAUUUUUACCAAUCAGCGAGUCCAGAGCCCGCUCCAUCAACGACCGCGGUGCUGUCUUUUUUCCGAGCCGCUGCGGUAGGGUGCCAGGACACACUCCCUUAGGAGAACAGGCGGCUCACAAACACCUGGACAGCGAAAUUGCUGAGGCCAGCCGCCAGCUCUGACGCUGAGACCAGCCUUCUGCGCAGCCGCCCAGAGCUGGCGUCCCGGGAUAGCAGCCCCCAGCCGGGCCUGCGCGCCGACGUUCCGGUGCGCCUCGCCCAAAACCGGAAGUACCCGGGCCUAAGGCUGAGGGACCUGGUGGAGCGGAAGUCACUCCUUGAGGCAGUGGCGACAGCGGCGGCGAGAGGAUGAACAACAAGUUCGACGCUUUGAAAGAUGAUGACAGUGGGGACCAUGAUCAGAAUGAAGAAAACAGCACACCGAAAGAUGGUGAGAAGGAAAAAACAGAACGAGAUAAGAAUCAGAGCAGUAGCAAGAGAAAGGCUGUUGUCCCUGGACCGGCAGAGCAUCCCCUGCAGUACAACUAUACUUUCUGGUACUCCAGGAGAACCCCCGGCCGUCCCACCAGCUCACAGAGCUAUGAACAGAAUAUCAAACAGAUUGGCACCUUUGCUUCUGUGGAGCAGUUCUGGAGGUUUUAUAGCCACAUGGUACGUCCCGGAGACCUGACAGGCCACAGUGACUUCCAUCUCUUCAAAGAAGGAAUUAAACCCAUGUGGGAGGAUGAUGCAAAUAAAAAUGGUGGCAAGUGGAUUAUUCGGCUGCGGAAGGGCUUGGCCUCCCGUUGCUGGGAGAAUCUCAUUUUGGCCAUGUUGGGGGAACAGUUCAUGGUUGGGGAGGAGAUCUGUGGGGCUGUGGUGUCUGUCCGCUUUCAGGAGGACAUUAUUUCAAUAUGGAAUAAGACUGCCAGCGACCAAGCAACCACAGCCCGAAUCCGGGACACGCUUCGGCGAGUGCUUAACCUACCUCCCAACACCAUUAUGGAGUACAAAACUCACACCGACAGCAUCAAGGCCUGGGAGGAGUUUCAUGGCCUGGUGAACAGCAGCGGCCGCUGAUCGGACGCUACCCCUCUGUCUCUCACACUCAGGGGACAAUUCAAGCUUUCGAAAUACAAAAAUCACAUUGUGAAAGUACACAAGCUGGCAAUAAUCCUUUUCUGUAUGUGUGUAUUUGUCCGAAAUGGAUGGGAGGCCUCCAGCCAGUCCUUCCAUUGUUCACUGAAGGGACGUCCCUGAGCCGUGUGCUCCCCUUUUGCACUCAUUCCUGGAGGACGGAUUCCGCUAGACACCCUCCAGCAUCGCUGACUUUAUAAAGCGGAAAAAUGGAAAACGUGACUUUGUAAUAGACAAACAUUGUUUUUUAACGGGGUUCCAUGGGGGGGCGUUCAGCCUUUCUAUUCGCUGUGUGCUGUCCAGAUGCCUCUCGGGCGUCCUGGUGUUCUCUUCCUGUGCUGUCCGAAGGGUACCGUGACCACGUGUACAUGCCAGAGCUGUUGAUGAGAGUAACCAGUAUUAUGAAUGUCUGUGCAUCCAGGAAAAGCAUUCUGUUGGAGAGUCCUAGAAUAGCUGUAAAUGCUCUCUUCUAGCUCUGCCAUUAAAUUAUUGGGACAUUUUGUUUCUUUCUCUCCCCUCCUCCAAGCCCACCACUUUCUGAAGCUGUGUUACUGAUAUGAUGACUGUCCAGGAUUUUGUAUCAUCUCCUGCCUUAUUCCCUCCAUUCUCCUCUCCUGUGGGACUCUUUCCUGCUUAGGCACUGCUGCACUUAGAAUUGUAAUCCAGUGGCUCUUACUGGUUUCACUGAGGCAGCUUAGAGAGAAUGCCCUAGAAAACUAAGCUGGAGCAGAAGCCAGUUUGAUUAGGAGCUAGGUUAUAACGUAGGUUCCAAGUACAGAAUUUGGAGCUGAGGGCAGGGACUGAAAUCAUUUUCCUGUAUGAGCAGAGCCUGUGUGUCAAGCCUGUUUCUGACAUGUCCCUCAUUGAGGAAGAGAAGCAAAAGCUGGUUAUUGCCAGGCCUAUUAACACUUAAUAUGCAAAUUCUAUCAUCCCGAAACUGGGACAUCUGAAGAAAAGGUGACCUUGCUGGGUGGCUUUAUUUGCAUGGUUCUGCCUGUCUGCAGUGGUUGAGUCCUCAUCACCUGGUAUGUGUAUGAGCAAAUGUGUGCUGAUCCGUGAUGCCCAGGCAGAAACCUCUUGAAGACUACUGCAGGCAUGCUUUAAAAAGGACCAGUCACUCAUCAGAGAAGGUGGGUGAUCUGACUCCAGAAGGACUGAAGUCAGAGAGGUCAAAAGAGCACCUAGGAUUCAAAUAAAUUGAGUAAGAGUCCUAUAGCAACCUCCAAGUAGCACUGUCUUACUUGGCUCUUGUGAGCAAAGAUUGUAGUACCUUAAAUUAAGGCCUCUCUUUAAAACAUAUCCUUGAAGACUAGGGGAUGCUUGGUCACCUGGUCUCGGAGAAAUCAUACGAGAGUAACAGGCAUUUCCUUAUUGUGUUUAUAUUACUCUCUUGCUAUUUUUCCAUUCCUGAACACCCUCUAGUUACCACUGUUGUGGGAUGCUUUUUUCCUGAAAGAACAGUGAGUACAGGGGCCAAAAGGGAGGUGCUUCUAUUAUAGGUAAAGUUAGAUCAGAUAAGAAGAUCUAGCAGCGAUUUAAACUCCAGGAACAUGAAGAAUGCAUUCUGGUGUCCAGACAAUUGUGAAGGGCUCAGGCAAAUAGAAGAGCACCAUUGGCUGCAUGCGGAGCAAAGGCUGCCUCCUGAGAUUUGUUUAGACCCCAGGGAGGUCUUCACUUUUGCCUAAACUCAAAUUUGCCAUGAAAAUUCCAAAGAGCAGAUACUUGGAUUUGCCCUCGUUUGGGCAUCUGCCUGACUGUUGUGUGUGUGGGGAAGUCGGUGUGUAUGUGUACAGUGUGCUUAGGUGUGAGUGGCCAGGCCUACUGGUUAGGUGUGUUGUCUAUAGUUUUUUUUUUGUUUUUGUUUUGGUUCAGAUUUUUGAAUCUUAUGUUUUCUAGAGCUGCUCAUGUUUCCCCUUCCUCUUUGUUGUUAUAGUAUUUGAAGUUGUCUUUUCCAUCAAAAACAUACCCUAUGCUGGUUAGAGCAAGAGGUCAUGCCAGUUAGGCAGCAUCUUAUGCCCAGUGUUCUCCCAGAUAUUCUGCCUAACAGGUUUCAGUGGGAGAUUAAAUCGUCAGUUUAUCUAACCAUCUAUUUUUCCAAACUAGCCUGAGAGGUCUUUUCAUCUGUUUUUACUCCCUGGGCCUCUGAUAUGCUGAGAUGUGACGUGGUUAUGGUUAUGGUAUCACCUGUUAUAGAGACAAAGGGAAAAAGGUCUGCCAGGGCCAAAAUAACCAGAAUGUUACGUUGCCACCGGAGAGUGUAGGAUCGGUCUCCACUUUGCAGUUAGGGCUGUUCUCCUCUAACCCCUUUGCUGGGUUUUCUGUUUGAAAUUGGCCCUUACUCCUCUCCAGUGCUCUGCCUUUGAAUCCUUCUGCUCCCACAUGUGCGUGCCCUGUGAUACUGGCAGUGGCAAUAAUUUUCCACCCAGAGAGAAGCUGGUGGUCCACAGUGCUCAAAGAAUGAAUUUCCAAGUAUUUGCCAGUGGAAACGGAGCAGAGGCUGUGACAAGAGUGAUAUGGUGUUGCACUUUCAGAGCAAGUAUCUACUGCAGUAAUAAAUGGAAAAUAUCAGCAAGAA